AUGGAUCGGAGGGGUAUGAAGACCUGUGGUCCAUGUGCGGUGAAUUUAGCGGCGGUUGUGAUUCUCUGCCGGGGCAAGUGCGGCCUGUCCCCCUGUACCACGCGCUACCUGGUGGCCAUGGCAGCGGCUGAUCUCCUGCUCAUUGUCAGCGAGGUCUUACUAAGGCAGAUCAGUUAUCACCACUUCCCCGAGAGUUUCCUGCACAUUACCCCCGUGUGCAGGAUUGUCUUCCUGCUUGUUCGGACGUCCACAGACUACUCUGUCUGGUUCACCGUCGUGUUUACCUUUGACCGAUUCGUUGCCAUCUGUUUGCAGAAACUGAGAACAAAGUAUUGUACCGAGAAAACUGCAGUUGUAGUUCUGGGGACAACCGGCAUCCUGCUUGCUCUAAAAAAUAUCCCCCACUAUUUUACAAUAGAACCCUGGGAGAUCAUUAACAACAUCCCAUGGGACUGUCAUACAAAGGCAAGCAUUUUUAUUGAGCCAGGGUGGGUGGGUUAUGACUGGUUUGAUUCGGUCUUGACACCAUUGCUCCCGUUCGCUUUCAUUCUGCUGCUCAACGUUCUGACAGUGAAAUACAUCUUAGUAGCGAGUCGAAUCCGGAGAAGACUGAGGGGCGCGAACAGCGCUGACGCUGCGCAUGAUCCGGAGAUGGAGAGCAGGAGAAAGUCGGUGAUUCUCCUCUUCGGCUUGUCUGCCAACUUCAUCUUGCUGUGGACGGUGGCUCUGGCACAUUUCUUGUACUAUACCAUUGCGGGGAAGAACCCCACCGAUUACAAUGCUUCCGAAUACAAUUUCCACAAGGUCGGGUUUAUGCUGAUCAAUUUAAGCUGCUGUACUAAUACCUUCAUUUACGGGGUCACCCAGUCGAAGUUCCGAGAGCAGAUUCUGUUCGCCGUGAGAUAUCCAGUGUUGCCAGUUAUUCUGUUAAUUCGCCGUUUCCGUAAGUGA